CUCUGCUCUGCUCCUCACCGUCGGCUGCUCUUGUGUGGGUGUGAUUUUCGAUCUUUUUGAUUUUCCCUUGCACUACCGCCGGCUUCCCCUAGCUUGCAGCUUCGGUUUUUGCUUGCUAAAUUCUGGUAUGAUGGCCACUUCUCUAAGUCCUAAAUUACCCACUUAAUUGCUGCCUUGUUGAGUUUAAAUGCUUGAGUUGCUACCCUUGUGUUGUCCGAAAAUUCUGUUGAAAUAGGGAUAAAUUCCGGCAGCCUUUGAACAUGUUUUAAGUUUAAUUCAGGUAGGAAUUGGUUUAAUUAGGCUGCUGUGAUGUUUUGGAGAGAAAAAUCCCGUGUGUGUGAGUUGUGCUUGCCAAAGCCAUGCUCUCCAUGUGCUGCCCGUGAGAAAUGGGGAAAUUUCGGCAGCAUUAAGUUAUGUUUUAAGCUUGGUUUAGGUAGAGAAAUUAGCUUGAUUUACUGCUGUGAGGUUUUAUAUGAAAAUCCCGUGAAUUAGCUAUUGUUUUGCAAAUUUUGGAAGUUGCAGUUACUGUUCACUGGUACUGUUCACGGGCAUUGUUCACGCACUGAUGACCAACAAUUAAUGAGGAUUUAAAUGUUUAGUUUGUAAUAUAAGAACAAUUUGGAGAUGUCCGAUCAUUGCGGUAUUAAUUUUGGAAUAUUUUGGCUAGGUUCUGGAUUAUUCUACCAACCUAGCACUUGGGUUAAGCCUUCCGUUCUGUCCGAUUUGAGGUAAGUAAAUUAUAGUAACGCCAUUCGAUUUUAAAAGUAUAUUUUAACUUGUUUUUGAAGUAAUGGCGGGAUUAAACCCGUUUUAUACAAAAAUAAGCAUGAUUGAUUUGAAAUAAGAUUAUUAUUUUUUUUAUUGAUUUGAGCAUGCCUAUUUGGAGUUUACUUAACUGCUCUGAUGAACUGAGAAUUUUGUAAAUUCUAAUUUUUCUGUUAAAUCCAUGCCCACAUGGAAAUUUUCCAGUUUAUUUCUGAAAUUUGAGAUUGAUUGUGAAUUAUGAUUUUCUUGUUAACUUCAGCCUGUUUUCUCUCCGAUAUGGUCAUGUCUUACUGUGCCCACUAGUGGGAGGUUUAUAAACGCUAGCACAUGUCGACAUAUUUACUGAUAGGACCGGUUCAUUCUAAAAUCCUACCAAUAGGAUAAAACAUUGGUUACUACUAUGCCCGUCAAUGGGAGGUUUAUAAACACUGGCCAUGACCUAUAGAUGAGACUACUACUGAAUUUUCUUCUGCAUUAACGGUUUGUCAUUGAACGCUUGUUUAUUGAAGUGAAUCUGAUUUUGCAUUAAUGGUUUAUCAUUGAACAUUUUGUUAUGUUAAACUGUUUAUCAAGCAUGCUAAAAUUUUACUCACGGGCUAUCCAUAUUUACUUACUGAGUUAUCUCAUAGUUUUUUCUUGUUCAUCAUUUUAGGAAGCGAAAUCAAGGAUAGGGAAAAACAAGGGGAGUGACGAGUUAUGAGGCUAGCCAUCUUGUAAAUUGAACAUGGAUUUUAGAUAGAGAUCAUGAUCUUGUAAGCUAGAUUUUAAUUGGAGAUUUUAUAAAUUCAUUUAAUGGAUUGUUUUAUUUAUUUAUUUAUUUAAUGGAUUGUUAGUUUACAAGAGAUUUGACUUUGAGAUUUUGAGAUUAAG